CUGAGAUGCUGCCGGGCCUGCUGUGUUCAUCCAGCCCCACAUUUCAUUAUCUUGGAUUCUCCAGCAUCUGCAGUUCCCAUUAUCACUGAUACAAUUACUCCCCAUUAUCACCUGUUAGUCCGAGGGCAGAAUGUCUUGUGGAGUUUCCAUAUCCGUAUGCUCCAUCUCAAGGUAUUUCUACCUCUUUGGACAGGCAGGCUUUUCAAAUAUUCCAAUUCAGUGGAAUCUCUUUUGAAGCUUUCAUUAUUUUUGUUGAACGAUUUUGUUUACAAGAUUCGGAUCAGAGGUUUAGGGCAGUGUUUGAUAAGUACAAUGGCAACUUGUAUUUAUUUAACACUUUUAGUACUUUAAAUCAUUUCAAAGUGCUUAGUGUAAUUAGAUGAUUGACAUUAGAAUAUUGGCAUUGAGGCAAAAGAGGCAAUAUUGGAAUAGGUAGUCAAAGUUUGAUUGAAGAAGGAGGUUUGAUCGAAUAUCUUAAAAGAGGGGAAAUGGGCAUGGGGUUUCUGAUAGGCUUUCUGAUACCUAUGGCCUAGAUUGGGGUCAGCAGAGUUUUAAUGGAAUUGCGCAAAUAAUGGCAAUAACUGCAAAGAAGAUGGAUAUGUUCCAAUGAAGAGUUGUUAAAGCGAUUGUAGGGCUCUUGGAGGAUGCAGUUGCGGAAUUAAUAACGAGGAACGGAGAAAUGGCAAAUAAUUUAAUCCAGUGUUUUGCAUUGGAUCUAAUGCCGGAGAUCAUUCUUUGACUGCAACUGUAUAGGAACAUCAUUUAAAUUGAUUUUCUUUGGGAUCUGGAUGGAAGAGGAGCUGGAAGAGAAGAUACAUGAGGAUCUCGACCUGGACUGAAAAAACAGCAGUUGCUCAGAAAGUGGAUUGGUAGUGUCUGAAGAUGUCUGACUCAGACAGUGACGAGGAUCAUGAGCAACCAUUCUCUCUCACUGGCUUUCUGUUUGGGAACAUCAAUGAGGAUGGACAGUUGGAGGAUGAUAGUGUUCUUGACAAGGAGUCAAAAAAGCAUUUGGAUGGUUUGGGGACACUGGGUCUUGGGACUCUCAUCAAAGAAAUCACAGCCAAUGACGAUGAUGCAGUGGAGUCUGAUGAAAGGAGCAGCAAUGCGGAGGGUUGGAUUCAAAGUAAAGAUGAUGCCAUUGAUUACUCUGAUAUCAACGAGGUAGCAGAGGAUGAGACACGCAGGUAUCGUCAGGUGAUGGGGAAUCUUCAGCCACUAAGAAAACUGGAAAGCGAUGAUGAUGAUGACUAUGAUGCAGACAGUGAAGACGUGGACUCAAAGCUCAUGCCUCCCCCUCCUCCACCGCCUCCACUGAAUAAGGAGGAGUCAAAUUCACAGGAAAUAAUUGUAAAUGGAGUAAAUACAGCAGUGCUGAGUACUACUGGAGGAUCGCGUGCUGCUGAUGGCCUUUUCCCUUGUUCUGUCUCUAAUGAGAAUGACGGAAUCAUUUUACCUUCCAUAAUAGCACCUUCAUCCUCCUCGGAGAAGGUUGAAUUUAGCAGUUCCUCUGAUUCAGAAUCUGAGACAGACCGGCACAUUCCACGAUCAAGGCAGAAUGAAUCUCAGAAGGAAGACAAACUCACAUUGCCACUGGCAGGUAUUAUGCAACGAGAUUCAACUAAGCAACUACCGAAUGUUACAGAACUCUUCCCGGAAUUUCGACCAGGACAGGUACUGCGUUUUUUGCGUCUCUUCGGACCUGGAAAGAACAUUCCAUCGGUUUGGCGAAGUGCAAGAAGGAAAAGAAAAAAGAAACAUCGGGAUCCACAACCUGAGGCUUCUGCUCAAGAAGGAGAGGGAGAAGAAAUGAAAGAACAAAAAUCUGGCUGGGACUAUCAUUAUGCUGCGCCACCACCACCUGAACAAUGCCUCUCUGAUGAUGAGAUUACAAUGAUGGCUCCUGUGGAGUCCAAGUUCUCUCAAUCCACGGGUGAUGCUGAUAAUAUAACGGAUAUGAGACCAAAAGUUGCAGAAUGGCGCUAUGGGCCUGCACAGCUUUGGUAUGAUAUGCUGGGAGUGCCAGAGGAUGGCGAGGGAUUUGAUUAUGGUUUCAAACUCAAAGCAUCGAGGGAGGAAGAGCAGAUGCUAGAGGAAGAAGUAACUUGCCUGGUGGAGAUCCAGGAGCCUUCUGAGGAAAUUGAGAAGUCAGCUGAUGAAAAGGAAUUGCAGAGUGAAAUGGAGGCUCUUCUAGAUGAGCAUUUCCUCAUGGUCACUCAGCUGCCCUGGGAAGAAGACAUUAUUUGGAAUGGAGAGGAUGUCAAACAUAAGACUACAAAAUCCCAGCGAGCUAGCCUAGCAGGGUGGUUGCCUUCUAGCAUGACUCGAAAUGCCACAGCUUACAAUGCACAACAAGGGCUAAACCGUGGCACCUCUUGGUUGUCGAAUCCUUUGCCUCCCACACCUGUUCAGAAAACCACAAUGCCUGGUCCUCCAAUCCCAGCAAAAGGGAAGGAUAAACAUGCACCAGAGCAGCACGUUUCGCAAGAGGAUGAUAAAACUUGGUAUUCCAUCUUCCCUAUUGAUAAUGAGGAAUUGGUGUAUGGAAGAUGGGAAGAUAACAUCAUCUGGGAUGAUCAAGCCAUGGAUAAAAUUCUGGAACCACCUGUGUUGACGCUUGACCCGAAUGAUGAAAACAUAAUUCUUGAAAUUCCUGAUGAGAAAGAAGAGAUGACGUCGAACUCUCCUUCCAAAGAGAAUAAAAAAGAAUCAUCAGCUCGCAAGAGUCGCAUCCUUUUAGGAAAGACUGGUGUCAUUAAGGAUGAGCCACAGCAGAAUAUGUCACAGCCAGAAGUAAAGGACCCUUGGAACCUCUCGAAUGAUGAGUUUUACUAUCCCAAACAGCAAGGACUGCGAGGGACAUUUGGAGGGAACAUUAUCCAACAUUCUAUUCCUGCUGUGGAACUUCGACAACCAUUUUUUCCAACUCAUAUGGGACCAAUGAAACUCAGGCAAUUCCACCGGCCAACACUGAAGAAAUAUUCUUUCGGAGCAUUGUCACAGCCAGGACCUCAUUCUGUGUACCCACUGCUGAAACAUAUCAAGAAAAAAGCCAAGAUGCGUGAACAGGAACGUCAAGCUUCUGGUGGUGGAGAGAUGUUCUUUAUGCGAACUCCUCAGGAUCUGACAGGUAAAGAUGGUGACCUUAUUCUUGCUGAGUACAGUGAAGAAUAUCCACCACUCAUGAUGCAAGUUGGCAUGGCAACCAAAAUCAAAAACUAUUACAAGAGGAAACCAGGCAAGGAUCCCGGCGCACCGGACUGUAAAUAUGGUGAGACUGUUUAUUGCCACACAUCUCCAUUCCUUGGAUCCUUGCAUCCAGGACAGUUGUUGCAGGCAUUUGAAAACAACCUCUUUCGCUGUCCAAUAUACCUCCAUAAGAUGCCAGAAACAGAUUUUCUGAUAAUCCGAACUCGUCAAGCAUACCAUGUCAGAGAAUUGGUUGAUAUUUUUGUCGUAGGCCAGCAAUGUCCACUCUAUGAAGUGCCUGGUCCAAACUCAAAGCGUGCUAACACACAUGUACGAGACUUUCUUCAGGUGUUUAUUUACCGCCUUUUCUGGAAAAGUAAGGAUCGUCCACGCAGAAUUCGUAUGGAGGACAUAAAGAAGGCAUUUCCUUCCCACUCUGAGAGCAGCAUUAGAAAGCGAUUGAAACUGUGUGCAGAUUUCAAGCGAACAGGAAUGGACUCAAACUGGUGGGUGCUUAAACCAGACUUCAGAUUGCCCACAGAGGAAGAAAUUCGAGCCAUGGUUUCUCCAGAGCAGUGCUGUGCAUAUUAUAGUAUGUUAGCGGCAGAACAGCGUUUAAAGGAUGCUGGGUAUGGUGAAAAAUCAUUCUUUGCACCAGAGGAGGAGAAUGAAGAAGAAUUUCAGAUGAAGAUCGAUGAUGAGGUCAGAACAGCACCCUGGAAUACCACCCGAGCGUUCAUUGCCGCAAUGAAAGGCAAAUGUCUCCUAGAGGUAACUGGGGUUGCUGAUCCUACUGGCUGUGGCGAAGGGUUUUCCUACGUCAAGGUUCCCAACAAACCACAGCAGCAAAAGGAUGACAACCAACCCCAACCUGUUAAGAAGACAGUGACAGGAACAGAUGCUGAUCUGCGACGUCUAUCUCUGAAAAAUGCCAAACAACUCCUUCGCAAGUUUGGAGUGCCAGAGGAAGAGAUUAAAAAGCUAUCUCGAUGGGAAGUUAUUGAUGUUGUACGUACGAUGUCAACAGAACAGGCCCGGUCUGGAGAUACUCCCAUGAGUAAAUUUGCUCGUGGUUCCCGUUUUUCAGUUGCUGAACAUCAGGAAAGGUACAAAGAAGAGUGUCAGCGAAUCUUUGAUCUUCAGAACAAGGUCCUGUCUUCAACAGAGGUUCUUUCUACAGACACAGACAGCAGUUCAGCAGAAGACAGUGAUUUUGAAGAAAUGGGAAAAAAUAUUGAAAACAUGUUACAGAAUAAGAAAACAAGCUCGCAACUUUCGCGUGAACGUGAGGAGCAGGAGCGUAAGGAACUGCAGAGGAUGUUGAUGGGAGAGGAAAUUGGGAAUGAUAAGGACCGUGACAAAAAGGAGAAGAAAGACAGGAAAGGUUCAUCUUGCAGCACUCCUACACCUGGAGUGUUUCACAAAGAUGAUGACACUGCCUCCGUCACCAGUCUUAACUCCUCAGCAACAGGACGACGCCUUAAGAUUUAUCGUACGUUCCGAGAUGAAGAUGGAAAGGAGUAUGUAAGAUGUGAAACUGUCAGGAAGGCUGCGGUUAUUGAUGCAUAUGUUAGAAUACGCACAACAAAAGAUGAAGAUUUCAUCCGCAAAUUUGCUCUAUUUGAUGAGCAACAUCGUGAGGAAAUGAGAAGAGAACGACGCAGAAUUCAGGAACAACUUCGGCGACUCAAACGGAAUCAGGAGAAGGAAAAAUUGAAAGGACCACCAGAGAAAAAACCCAAAAAGGUCAAAGAAAGGCCCGACCUAAAGCUAAAAUGUGGUGCCUGUGGUGCCAUUGGCCACAUGAGGACCAAUAAAUUUUGUCCUCUGUAUUACCAAACGAAUGCACCACCAAGUAACCCAGUUGCAAUGACAGAGGAGCAAGAAGAGGAGCUUGAAAAGACUGUUAUACCUAACGACAAUGAAGAACUUAUCAAAGUGGAAGGAACAAAAAUUGUAUUGGGCAAGCAGCUGAUUGAAAGUGCAGAUGAAGUACGCAGGAAAUCUUUGGUCCUCAAAUUUCCUAAACAGCAGCUUCCUCCAAAACGUCGAAGACGAGUUGGAACCACAGUCCAUUGUGAUUACCUAAAUAAACCUCACAAAUCCAUUCAUAGGCGACGGACAGACCCGAUGGUUACCUUGUCAUCCAUAUUGGAAGGAAUCAUUAAUGACAUGCGAGACCUUGUAAAUACCUAUCCAUUCCACACUCCAGUAAAUGGGAAAGUUGUGAAGGAUUAUUAUAAAAUUAUUACUAAACCAAUGGAUUUGCAGACUUUAAGAGAGAAUGUCCGGAAACGGAUGUGCCAUUCGCGAGAAGAAUUCCGAGAGCAAGUUGAACUUAUUGUUAAAAACUGUGCCACCUACAAUGGUACGAAGCAUCCUCUGACUCAAAUUGCUCAAAGUAUGGUGGAACUCUGUGACCAAAAGUUCAGAGAGAAAGAAGACAAAUUGGUCCGCUUGGAGAAAGCCAUUAAUCCUCUUCUGGAUGAUGACGAUCAAGUUGCCUUCUCAUUUAUACUUGAUAAUAUAGUCACUCAAAAGAUGAUGGCUGUGCAAGAUUCUUGGCCUUUCCAUCACCCAGUGAAUAAGAAGUUUGUUCCUGAUUAUUACAAAGUAAUCACAAACCCCAUGGAUCUUGAAACUGUGAGGAAGAAUAUUUCCAAACACAAAUACCAUAAUCGUGAAGUCUUCCUACAGGAUGUGGAACUUAUUCUCUCGAACAGCAUCAAGUACAAUGGUACAGAUAGUUUAUACACGAAAACUGCUCAGGAAAUUGUGAAUGUCUGUCAUCAAACUCUGGCUGAGUACGAUGAACAUUUGACUCAACUUGAAAAAGAUAUUGCAUCUGCCAAGGAGGCUGCUCUUGAUGCUGCAGAGUUUGACAGUAUUGAUCCCCUGACCCCAGGGCCUCAUUCUCCUCAGGGUCAUUGCCGUGAGGGACGCAUAAGGACAGGUGAGGAGGAAUCUGAUGUGGACGUGGAGGGUUUUGAGGAAGAUGAUGAUGGUAAACCGAAGACACCCGCCCCAGCAACUGACUUUUACCAUGCUCUGCAUGAAACAACUGAGGGAGAGUGUGAAAUGGAAGAUGAGGAUGAGAUAAAUGUACCACAGCGUCAGGCAAGUGUGUUGUAUGAAGACUUGCUGAUGUCAGAUGGAGAGGAUGAAGAUCAUAGCGAAGAGGAAGAAGGAGACAAUCCAUUUUCUUCCAUUCAGCUCAGUGAGAGCGGGAGUGACUCUGAUGUUGAAAUGCCUGCCAUUCGACCAAAAAGACCUCAUCUAAUACGUGAGAAUACACGCAUGGGAAUGGAGAAUGAGGAGAGCAUGAUGUCCUAUGAAGGAGAUGGUGGUGAGACCUCUCAGAUGAUGGAGGACAGUAAUGUAAGCUAUGAGAGCUAUGAAGAAACUGAGCUCAAAUCAAAUACUCGUGAUACCACCUUUAGCAGUGGAGGAUGUGACUAUGAGCUGUCUGAGGAAGAAGAUGAUGAGGAACAAAGGCAUGGACCAUGUGUUCUUAAUGAGGUACACCUGAGUGAGGAUGAGGAAGACAGUGAGGAAUUCCACUCCAUUGAGGGGGACACUGAUAUAGACUCAGACAUAGAAACCUGAACACAUUGUGGUACAGUACAGAAUGGGAUGUGCAGAUGACCAUAACAAUCUUUUAUGGUUGGAAAGAGUGAGAUGAAUGACUUCGGUGUAGAUAAUCGCCACGAUGAAGGUAGAUUUCAUUGACCAAUGUACCAUUGUGACAUCACAUUGGAUUAUCUAAGCAAAACAUAUAUUUUUUGCUCUUUUGCCUCAAUACACUUGAAUUACAUAGAUGGUUAAUAUGCUUGUACAGAAAUAGAGUCACUGCAAAGCCCAGGAAAAAAUUGUGCUUCAUACCAAAAUACAUCCUGUAUUGAUGCUCUGUAUAAUCCUGUUCCUGGAAGGCCGACAAGGAAUGUGUGUAAGUGGGAGUUUGAUUUUUUUUUCUGUUUGUAAAGCACAUUCACUACCAGUGUUGGUGCAUCAUAAACUUUAAUGUCACUGUUGUAAAAACUGCCGUGAACAGAUUCAAAACAAAUAUUAAUUGUUACUUGUCCAGGGAAAGAAAACAUAUUUUUGAAGAGGCAGAGAUGUCAAAUAGAGGUCCUGAUAUUCUUUUUAACUUUAAUGCCUCGAGGUUUCCACAUGAUCACAGCUUUUUUCAAAGUGCUGUAGCAAUUCAGAUGAUCUGGCUUUUAAAAAUAAAUUGUCAUAAAGUCCUGCUUAACACUGUGACAACAGUACAGACCUUUGCCAAAUUUCAGCCUGAAUAUUGCUGAACCAGUAGAUGAAUUAUCAUUCCCAUCAGAUGGGAAUGAUAAAUAUUUAUUUACCCAAUUUUAUGUGAAAUUGGUGAUAUGUUCAGCAUGAAAACUGAAAAAACAACUAGAGAAAAUCUCCUGCUCCCAGAUUCACAUCGUGGAAGAUGCAAGAAAUAAAAACCUUAGACCAGAAGUAAUUUAAAGAAAUUACUGUACACUUUGGUAAUCUAUCACCAUAAACAAUGAAACAUCUUGACUGGUGAUUUCUAUUUGCACUGGUUUUGGAUAGACAGCUCUCUAUUGAACUUUGACUUUUGUUAUUUGUCUUCUGAAAAUGUGUUGAUUGUUUUUUUAAAGUGUGACCUUAACUUGAUUUGUUUCUGUAUCAUGACAGCACCCCAAUGGUUUGGUGAGCAAGGGCACUAUCUUGUUUCGUGUUCCUGCUACCUACUAGGUGGGCCCAUCUUUUCCAAUUUAUAUAUAGCUGAUUUCAAUAUCACGAGAUAGGAAUUCCCAAUCCUAAUCACCAGUGAAAACCAAUGGGGACCAAGUGUGCAAUGACUAGUUGAGGACUGGCUUGAAAAUGAUAGUGUACAGUCAGAUAUAUUCCUAGCAAGUCUACAGUCUACUUGCAUUAGCAAAUUACCAUUUCGUUGAGGAAUGGAAUAUAGGAUGCCCAUAAAACUCUACUAGUUGAUAAACUUUUGAUGGAGGGGAAUUUUGGCAAAACAAAAUCAUGAUUAGUGUUUUGAUGAUUAUGGAUAAGGAAUAGAAUUUGAUUUUUGUUACAUAUUGUGAUGUGUGUUGCAAAUUUAUAACAUCUUAUGCCAGUUGUAAAUGAUCAAUUAAAACAGUUCAGAAUGUCAGAAUUUUGGAAACCCAAAAUUUAAAUUGCUGUAAAAUUGUUAAUGCAUUUAUCUGUUGUGAAAAUUGUUGCAAAUCUCAGGUAAAGGUAAUAUCGAUG